UUCUUUUAAGUAUUUUGUCUCUAUUUAAAGAAAGACAAAAACAACAGAGAAACACAAUGAGGAAUAGAAAAGAUGUGUGAAUGGAGUGAGUAUGGAGUUGAAUGGCGUGUGCCGCACGCUUCGUGAAGCGAGACAACUCCACCUGUCGUUCCUCAAAACCGGUACUCUGCAUUCAUCCGUCACCACCACCAACCGCCUCCUCCAAUUAUACUCCCGGCGCGGCUCUCUUCAAGAUGCAUCUAAACUGUUCGAUGAAAUGCCGCAAACAAAUGCUUUCUCAUGGAACACCCUCAUCGAAGCCCAUAUCAACUCAGGCAACAGAAACAAGUCACUGCAAUUGUUUCAUGCCAUGCCCCAGAAAACCCAAUACUCCUGGAACCUUCUUGUUUCAACGUUUUCCAAAUCUGGUGACCUUCAACUGGCUCACUCUCUCUUCAACGCCAUGCCUAUGAAGAACCCCCUUGUCUGGAAUUCCAUCAUUCAUGGUUACUCUCGACACGGGCAUCCAAGAAAAGCUCUUUUACUCUUUAAGGAGAUGAAUUUAGACCCUUCAGAAACGGUGCACCGCGAUGCCUUUGCGUUGUCAACCGUUUUUGGUGCAUGUGCUGAAUUGUUUGCUCUUGAUUGUGGAAAACAAGUACAUGCUCGUGUUUUCAUUGAUGGUUUUGAAUUUGAGUUUGACAAGAUUCUGUGCAGUUCAAUUGUUAACUUUUAUGGGAAAUGUGGUGAUUUGGAUAGUGCUGCUCAGGUUGUGGGUUUUGUGAAGGAAGUAGAUGACUUUUCUUUAUCUGCUUUGGUAUCAGGUUAUGCAAAUGCUGGUAGAAUGAGAGAUGCGAGAAGGGUUUUUGAUAGCAUGGUUGAUCCUUGUUCUGUGCUGUGGAAUUCAAUUAUUUCGGGAUAUGUGUCGAAUGGUGAGGAAAUGGAGGCAUUGGCUCUCUUCAACUCAAUGCGUAGGAAUGGUAUUUGGGGAGACUUUUCUGCUGUUGCAAACAUUUUGAGUGCUGCUAGUAGCUUGCUCAAUGUUGAACUUGUUAAGCAAAUGCAUGACCAUGCUUUUAAAAUUGGGGCAACUUGUGAUAUCGUGGUUUCUAGUGCUUUGCUUGAUGCAUACUCCAAAUGUCAACACCCUCAUGAAGCUUGCAAGUUGUUCGGUGAGCUCAAAGCCUAUGAUGCAAUCUUACUUAAUACUAUGAUUACUGUUUAUUGUAAUUGUGGAAGAAUAGAAGACGCAAAAUGGAUUUUUAACACGAUGCCUAAUAAAACCCUGAUUUCAUGGAAUUCAAUCUUGGUUGGCCUCACUCAGAAUGCGUGUCCAAGUGAGGCGUUGGAUACUUUUUGUAAGAUGAAUAAGCUGGAUGUGAAAAUGGACAAGUUUAGCUUUGCCAGUGUUAUCAGUGCUUGUGCUUGUAAAUCAUCCCUUGAACUUGGUGAGCAAGUAUUUGCUAAAGCUAUUACUUUGGGGCUUGAAUCUGACCAAAUCAUUUCUACCUCACUUGUUGACUUUUAUUGUAAAUGUGGUCUUGUUGAGAUGGGACGGAAAGUUUUUGAUGGAAUGAUAAAAACUGAUGAAGUUUCGUGGAAUACAAUGCUGAUGGGAUAUGCGACAAAUGGAUAUGGAAUAGAAGCACUAACCCUUUUUAAUGAAAUGAGGUAUAGUGUUGUGAGGCCAUCUGCUAUUACUUUUACUGGUGUUCUUUCAGCCUGUGAUCAUUGCGGUCUGGUAGAAGAAGGAAGAAAUCUGUUCCAUACUAUGAAGCACGAGUAUAAUAUAAAUCCAGGGAUUGAACAUUACUCUUGCAUGGUUGACCUUUUUGCCAGAGCUGGUUGUUUUGGGGAGGCAAUGUAUCUUAUUGAAGAGAUGCCUUUUCAGGCUGAUGCUAACAUGUGGUUAUCAGUAUUAAGAGGCUGCAUAUCCUAUGGAAACAGGACUAUUGGAAAGAUGGCAGCAGAGCAAAUUAUUCAGCUUGAUCCUGAAAAUCCAGGUGCUUAUAUACAAUUAUCUAACAUACUUGCAACUUCUGAAGACUGGGAAGGAUCAGCAAAAGUAAGAGAGUUAAUGAGAGAUAAAAAUGUUCAGAAGAUUCCCGGUUGCAGUUGGGCAGAUUGUUGAAUCAGAAACUCUGUUGAGCUUCUCAGUUCCAGGCGAAGGUUAAUGAAAGUGUGGAGGAUAACUCCGCAGUGAAUAUGCUUGGAACUAUCAUUAAGCUUCCAAGUUUUCUGGACUAUUCUCAGCACUGACCAACCAAUUUAAACAAAGGGCUUAAAGUGGCUUGAGACUGUUUCUUGCAAACAGUUAUGUCAAUGCUCUAGCAGGAAGCUAGAACUAAAAACACAAAAUUUUACUCGAAAUACCUGCAAUGCCUUGAGUGUAGGACAAUAUUAUUUACCGUAGGUGACAGAAAUCUAGGCAAUAUAAAGAUCAAUCCCAAGAUUGAUAUUCUGUAGUGAAGUUAUUUAUUGAAAGGAAAAUGCUUUGAGGUUUAGAAAUUUAGCUGAUUGGAUUUUGAAACAAAACCUCAAUUCUGACUCACUUGGCACAUUUGGAGCUAUCUGCAAAUGUUGAUCCUUGCAGGUUGUGUCGCAAAGUACUACUGCUAUAUAUUAUGAGGCAAAAGCUUGGGGACAUUAAGCCUCCCUAGGAUUGUACCAGGAGUUAAAUGUUGAGGUUAAGCAACAGGGAUAAACAUUCUUGUUUGUAAUUGCAUGACUGCUAUAAUUUUGCUGUCCAAUAAUUGGUUUCAUAUUUGAAGGCUUGUCAGCGGUGAUGGCUGGACCAUCCAGUUAAUUAUGGCACACAGUUUGUGAAAAGUAAUGGAAAAAUACCAUACUGAUUGAGGGGAAGGAGUUGUUGUUACCGUUACUCCUUGGUGACUUUGAUAACUUUAGUAUAUUUUGAAGAUAGAUGUUAGAUGAGAUAGAAUGGUGGUUAAGAGAAAUAGGUAGAAAGUUACCUUUCAUUCUUUCUAACUUAUUCUGUUAUGUUUAUUCAUUCACUUGUUGGAAUUAAUACAAGCAGUAUUAGGAAAUAUUAAUUGCUUGGUACAAA